AUGAGAAAAUUGUUCUUAUUACCAUUUUUGAUUUUUCAAUGGAUUGAAGCUAAACAGGGUGUAAAACCGUUCGUCUCCGGAGUCCGUGUUGAAAACGAGGCCAAUAAGCCAGGAUUCGUUGGAUAUAGUGAUUCUGGAGAAAUUAUCGUCGAACCAGGUGCGCCUGUCGACGUUGUAAUAUUUGGGCAUGGUUUGGAAGACGUAGUGCAAAUUUCGUUCACUGAUUCGGUGUGUCUUACAUCAGAAUUCAAUAUCUCAAGCACUGAAUUCUACAUUCACAAAGAUAUUCGAGUUGUCUUCAAGCAUACUUUCAUUGAAUGGCCCUCACCGUGGAGAAUAUGCGUGAAAUCCAGCACCGGCGAAGCAAUGCUUAUCGAUGAUGAUAGAACUUGGAUUAGAACCGAGAGAAGUCCAAGGGAAACUUACUUCCCACCCUCAAUACAGAUUUCAAUUAUGGUGGUGCUUUUUGUGCUAUCAUCACUCUGCUCUGGACUGAAUUUGGGAUUGAUGUCACUGUCUCCGCAGGAGCUUAAGAUUCUAAUGAAGUGCGGUUCGGAAACAGAAGCUAAAUACGCUAGAUGGAUUUACCCCGUUCGCAUGAAGGGUAAUCAAUUGCUUUCUACUGUGAUUAUCGUAAAUGUGAUAGUGAAUGCGGCAAUCACAAUUCUCAUCGAAGAUUUAACUGAAGGAUUAAUUGCAUUUAUUUCAUCGUCAGCUGGAAUCGUGGUGUUUGGUGAGAUUUUGCCGCAAAGUCUGUGUGUAAAAUAUGGCCUUGCAAUUGGAGCGUACACAAUAUGGAUUGUCAAAUUUUUCAUGUUCAUCACUGCUCCAGUCACAUAUCCACUGGGAAAAAUUCUCGAUAAAUUUGCUGGAACUGACAUCGAUACUGUGGAUCGUCGAAGAAUCGUUGAGAUGCUUAAAAUGAAUAUGGAGCAAGGCGAGGGUGAUGUGGAUAUUUCGACUUUAAAGAUAGCUGUUGGAGCGAUGGAGUUGCGAAAGAAAAUUAUAAAAGACGUCAUGACGAAGAUUGAUGACGUCUUCAUGAUUUCUGAGAACAAUGUUUUGAAUGCUGAGACCAUGACAGCAAUAUCGGAUAGUGGAUUCUCUCGUAUACCGGUUUACGAAGACAACAAUCGAAAUAAGGUGACCUCUCUACUCUACGUGAGCGAUUUAGCAUUGAUUGGAAAAGAUAACAACAUCACCGCCAAGGCGGUUGCUUCGUAUAACAAGCGAAAAUUACGAAUUGUCGACGAAAAUAUGCCGCUUAUCUCAUUGUUGGAAGAAUUCAAACUGGGUGACUAUCAUGUCGCGAUGGUUGCCAAAUCGCAACCAAGGGCUAGCAAAGAGUAUCGAAAAAAAUUGGAUGAUUGCGUUAAAUCUACUGUGGAAGUUGCCGAAGCUGCUGCAGAAUUGCUACCGAUUGAUUUGGAAUAUGACGUGACUGUGACUCUUGUCGGACUGAUUACGCUGGAAGAUAUCACUGAAGAACUUCUACAAUGUGAAAUCACUGAUGAGACGGAUUGCAACGUGGCGGAUGAAGAGCAAAAAAAGCGAAGAGCUCACAUGUCGACAAAACGUUAUGUGGAGAUGUUCUGCAGUGAGAAGAAAAGCGAACGACUUUCCUUGCACAUGCUAGAGAUGACUAAGAGUUGGCUAUUAGAAAAGAGUCCGCUAUUUGAUAGCGAUCGAAUGGAGUGGCAAGCAUUUGAGAAUUUGAUUCAACGAAACAUCAGAGAGGUGUCUAUAGUGGCGCCAAAAGAUAGUUCGACACCAAGCACUGUCAAAUUGUUUGAAAAGAAUGUUCCCAGCAAACGGUUCAUUUUAAUAUUGGAGGGAAAAGCAACAAUAAUGUUUCAUAAGAGCGAGUUGGUUUUUGAAGUUGGGCCCUGGACAUUUAUUGGCGAGCCGAUUUUGACAAUGGUGGAAAAGUCGUUGGCUGAAGGACGCGAUCCUCCGACAAGCUUCUUCUUCUUGCCAGAUUACGAUUUAGUAGUGAAUCGCAAUUGCCGAUUCUUGCAGAUCUCUAUCACUUCGUUGAUUCACUCUCUUCGGAUCACACAGUUUGUGCGAAAAUUGAAAACUCCGCGACGCUCUAUCGCCAGCGAAGAUGAAAGCAUGCCAGACUUGAAAAAGAUUUCCAACCAACAUGACGACUACUCGACGAGAAAACGAUCGCAGACAAGUGUUCCCGGAAAUUUGCCAACGCCGUACAUACCAUUGAAAAUCACAUCGGCUGAUGAAUUAAAACCUUUGAUUGAGUGA